AUUAUUAGGGUCGUUAUUGAUGCGUUAUCGAAAGCGUCCCACUGGGGGGCGACAUUGAGCCCGGCGCUCCGCCAGUACUCGUGAACGAAGAAGAUGAACGUGGACGCCCCCUUUCUCGAGUCCAAUCGAGAGCGAGGAAGCGGCCGUGACCCCGCCCUCUAGAGAAACCGCCAUCAGGAAUCAAACGGAGGGAAAAAAAAGAAAAAGAAAAAGUGACGACAGGAGAAGCGCGACGAGCCGCCAAGAAGGCCGAGGCGGCGACGCGGUUCUGAACAACAUGGCGGACCGAACGUCGGAAGCUGCGGACGAGCCGCCGGAGACGUCGCGGGAAGAUGCGUCCGCCGCCAAGAAAAGCACGUCAGGCGACGUGAUUGUGGAGGGGAAGCGCGCCAAGAAGAGCGUCCAGCGACUGGACAUGCAAGCGCCCAAACACAAGGAGAAGCUGACCAUCGCGCAAGGAAACGGCGACAAGCUGGGAGACAUCCCGCGCACCAACUUCCACAUCGGCAAACUCAAGCCCGAAGACCUCAAGCCUCUGCACGCCAUCUUGUUUGAGCGGCCGGGGAAGACGGCGAGCAUCAAGAAGAACUUGCGCCUCUUCAACGGCUUCCCGUUCCACGCGGGCAGCGAGCGCUACCUCAAGAAGCGAGACAAACUCCUCAAGAACUCGCACUUCACCAACACCAAACUCAAGCUGCUCUGCGGCAUCCUGGACCUGGAGAAGAAAGGGACUCGGGCGGAACUGGUGGAGCGGAUCGUCACCUUCUUGCUAGCGCCCAAGAACAACGGAAAGCGUCUUCCCGUGAAGAAGAAGAAGCGAUCCAAGAGGAAAGCGGCGGCGGCGGAGGACUCGGUCGCCAACGGCAAGAAGACGAAGAGCGAGGCCAAGAGCGGCCGCGUCUCCUUGGCCGGUCCCAAAAAGUCCAAAGCAGGAAGCAAGUCCAAGGCCAUCGUCAUGGACUCCAGCAGCGACGACGAGGACCGCGAGGAGAAAGCGGCGGACGGCGAAGCUUCGCACGCGGGGGACGAGUCCACCCGAAAAAGUCCGGAUCAGGUGACCCGCUCCAAAAAGCGCUCCAGGAACUCGGCCAAGAAGACUUCGCCUGUGCGCAAGCGAGUCAAGAGGGACCUCGCUGACGACGACCAGAAGGCCGAGGAGGAGGAGCGACCCGACGGCAGCGGCGAGGACGCCGGCACAGACGACACGUCGGACGGGGACGGGCCGAGCGACGGCGAGCUGACGGAGACGGUUCGCGCGCUCCUCGCCGACGCCGACCUCCGGGAGACCACCGUGAAGAUCAUCUGCCAGCGGGUGUUCGCCGCCUUUCCUGACCACGAUCUGAGCGGCAGGAAGGACUUCAUCAGAGGCGCCGUCAAGUCUCUCAUCACGUGAAGAGGCCCCGCCCCCCCCCGCCCCGCCGUUUUCUACUUUGUUGUUUUGAAGUCAAGCCGAGCCCUUGCGCUUCCUUCAGCCGACGUACAGAGUCAACGUGGUUCCGUGACGAGGCAGCUCUUAUCUCACAUCGUGUAAAAGAAGCCGGAAAUAUUUACGGUGCUGCCCUCCUAACUGCCGUAAGAAAAACGAUACCCUACACAUAUACGCGGGAAUUGAACCUUUUUGUCUUUUGCGUCUGUCGGUAGGAUUCAAUUGGGCUUGAGUCAGAAAUUUGCCACUUGAAGCUUGGACUAUUGUCUGGGCUUUGCCUCCCUCUGCUGGCAGUUAAGUGUACAUUGCAGCCACUUAGUGAUGUACAUAUUUGGGUGGCGAGUACACCCCACCCCACCCCACCCCUCCAUUUUUCUUUUCCCUCAGAUGCAGAAACCUUUGUUCAUUUUGACAUUCAAGCCUUGUUUUUUUUUUGUACGCAUUAUUUUGAGUCUUUAAAGACUAAUUAAGUGAUUUCCAACCUUCACUAAGCCAAGACAUUUUAUAAUUGAAAAAUCUCACAAAUAAAUAAAAUCGUCACAUAA